GGGGCCACGGGCGGGGGCAUUUUAAGGUCCCCUUUACUCCUCCUAGAGGUGCAGGGGCUGCUCCCCCGCCCCCCUGCACACCCCUGCCCUCUCUCUGUGCAGCCGGGCCCUGGGCUUCAGUGCAUGGCCCCUCCUGCCCUGGCGGAGCCCCCCCGCCCCGCUCUGCCCCAGGCCGGCGUGGGCAGUGGGCACCAAGCCCGGCCCCUGGCUCUGAGCCUGGCUCCGGGGCUGCCUGAGAGGGGCCUGCCGGCUCGUUUUGCAGCCAAAGUUUCUAAUUUCUGGGCCGGCGGAGGGGGGGGGGGCGACGACUCCCCCUUUCUCGCUGUCAGGCUGCCUGAGGGGCUCACGUCCUGGGAAGACUUCAGCGUCUUCUCAGUCCCAUGGAGGAGGAACCCCCUUCCUGGGGCUGCCCGUGCAAACCCGCGCCACAGCGGCCGGCUCCGGGUGGUGUGAUUGUGAAACCAAAUCCGUGCCCAGCCAGGCGGGGGGGGCUGCAGGUGUGAUCAGCCUGCGCGCUGCACCUCCUUCCCUUGUGGCCGGGGCUGUAGAUGCAGGUUUCCUGCCCAGAGCUUUGUGGCGCUGCCUGGAGCACAGCGGGGGCCGAGGGGGUUCCUUUCAUGGCGCCGUGCGUCUUCGGUCCAUUGGUCCCCAGAUGCAAGUGCCUCUGAGUCUGUGUGUGCUUCUUUCCAGCCUCUGAGAGGGCAGAGUUUGGGGUUCUUGCACGGGGGCAGUUGGGCACGGCAGUGUUCGGUGACGUCGUGAGAUCCAGCGUGGUGUGGGAGCUGGGGCAGGCACAAGCCCUCAGCCCAGGGCAGCAGAUUCAUCUCUGGACUGUUCUUGCCUGUGUGACUGAUGCACGGGAGCGGGGGAAUUGUGUGAAGCAUCCGCUUGACGGUUCGAGGCGCCUGCUCCGCUGUCCUCGUGCGUCUUGCAGCUGGAGGAGGCCUGGGCAGAGCAGAACCCUCAGCCUCCCGCACAGACAGAGCUUCACCUCGCCAGAGCCGGACAACCGCCUCUGGCAGCACAACUUGCCUGGCCAGCCUGUGUGCAUGUGGGCCUGGCGCCGGCAGCGCUCACGGAGGGGCUUUCUUCUCUCCCCGUCACAGGCAGCACCUGGAGGAUCCUCCGUGCCCAGCCGUGCUCGUAGGAGAAGGGCAGGGCAGGUCAUGUGGAGCUCUUGGACCAGAUGCUGCUCUCAGGCAAGCGAGGGGAGCUUGGAAGUGGCUUAGCCGGGGGCCCCUGCCCAGGCCCAGAGCGACAGCGGCGGGGAAGCAUCGGUGGAACAUUGGUCCCCUGCUGCUCAUGGAGAAGGCACAAGGCACCAUCCCAGAGUAACCACUGUCACUGCCUGCUCCUUGGCUGGAGGAGAAGGGGGAGCAGCUCUAGUUUGGAGAGGGGCUGGGGAGUGUGGCAUUGUGACCAGGAUGCCCACGGCCACUUGCUGCGGUCCAGAGCCAGGACUCUGGCCUUCGAGCCUGCUCUGCUGAGCUGGUGAGUCUGGCACUGGAUGCUGCAUGAAAACUUCCCCCUUCUGCUGCUGCUGUGUGCAAGCACCAGCUGUCACCGGGGCCUCGAGCAGCACCAGAGAGGCUGGUGCUUUGCUGUGACAAGGCCCUGGUCCGCUCUUUGGUGUACGGAUUCAGGCUGUGGUAACAGAAAAGGGCUGUGGUUUAUCAGGUUUGUCCAACUGACACCAGGCAGCAACACCUCCUCGAGACACGGACUUCUUGCUGAGCCCCCAAGAGACCCUUGGGCCCUUCCUGGCUCAGCCUGGAGUUGCUCUGGGUGGGCUGUUGCCUGGAAUGUGUUUUUUUCCCAUUGCACCGUAGAGCAUUUCCCGGCACAUGGCAGGACCCUGUGACCAGGGCCAGGCUGCAGUGGGUAGGACUGAAGGGCUCAGCCCAGGUGACGGCACCCAAAGUCUGCUGUCGCUCGCUUUGCAUCAGCAUCACUGGUUCACGAGGGGGUUUUCCAUUCAUGAGGCCACAUUCAGCUCUGCCUGUCAGCGGCAUCGCACCCCCACGGGUGCCUCUGAGACCGGCGCCUGGGCACUCGCGGCACUGAUGGAAACGAAACUUUUUAAAAGACAAGAAGACUUUGCCCGGAGCUGCUUUCCAGAGCAUUUGCGAUGACGCGCGCGCUCCUCUCAGCCUCCGGCUGGGUCCCUCGGUGGCAUAUGCCUGCAGCUGUGGUGGAAAAAAGCCCUCGUGUUGGAAACUGUGCGGGCACAGAUGGAAAGAGCGGGCCGGGAGCAGCAGCAGCAGGGGCCUUCCAGCUUGUACUGAAUCGCAGUCUGCCAGCGGAGAUGUUGAGCCUCUCAUUACGGCUGCAGUCCUGCCACACAUGCUGCACUGGUUCCUGUGGCACUCAGCAGGCAGCAAUGCUUGUCUGAUGGUCCUCAUGUAAAGUUUGUCUGUGGAUACGAAGUGCUGUCCACAACGUGCAGAGCUGAGGCAAUCACCCAGGCUCCCUUGAAAGGCUAAUGGGCUCAGUGAUCAGCUAAGCAAGUCUCCCAAGUCAGACUCCAGGGCUCCACCCACUAGGCCCCGCUGUCUCAUCAGCACGGGAUUGCAGCUGCUGCUCUUGGCACCGGCUGAGGCUGGGGCUCCCUCCAUUGGUGCUGGGAGCAGAGCAGCCCGUGGCAAAGCUCCCUAGUGCAAAUAUGCUCCUUUGGGGGACGUGGCCCUCUGGGCAUGACUCCAUCGCUGUCCAAGCCCAAGGAGUGCAGACACACGGGAAAAGGGGUUGGCUUUCAAACCACCGUUUUCCCUGCCCCGAGCAGGCCAGCGCACUGAACUGCCCCAAGAGGAGGGGGAGAGGUCAUCCGGUGCCAGCUUUGGGCAGCACCUUGUCAGGAGAAAUGAAGUGUGUUGCGGCAUUGACUCUGGGCUUUGCUUCUUUCCAUGAGUGCUGAGGGUGUCCCAGGGGUGCUACUGGCACUGUGCCCCUCACCCAAGUGAAACAACGGUUUGGAGUUCUCUUGGCAAGCCACUGGGGGAAAGUCUGAGGAGCCUUUCAUGUGAUGCCGUCCCAUGGUACCGGCACUGUGCUGUGAUCACUUAUGAUCUCCCGUUUCAUGUCCUACCUUGUACACAGUACCCAGUAGCCAGUCCUCUGAAUGCCAAGUGCAGCGGGCAUCUCCAACUCUGUCUCCACCUUGUAGACGGAGAACUUACCCCGUGGGAGGUGAAGUCGCUCACCUGCAGCCAGUCUGGAUUGGUGGCCGCUAGCAGCAGGAGCCAAGUGCGGCAUCAUUGAAGACCUGUGCUCUGUCUGCUACACUGGCAUUUCCCUGGGAGCUUAAAGCCUAAUGUGACAUUGGGGAUAUAGUUCAGAGCACUACCUGGACCUCUCAUUCCUGGAGAGAGUUUAAUCGCAUAAAAUUGACCUGCACAGGAACAAAACUGUGUGCCUCUGUCUCCUGCCCCCCCCCCUUUCAGCUUGCAAAUGAUUGGGGGGGUCCACCCCCCCUUUUAUCUUGCAAACAAUCCAGGGGGGUCAGGAGUUUGGUGGUGGUCACAUCUUGUGUCCCUUGUUUCGAUGGAAGAUUUGGCGGCAGCCUAGAAAACUGGCUGAAACUUCUUAGCCUGCACUAAAGUUACGGCAGUGACUCCUUCAGGGAAAGCUCCCCGCCCCACCCCCCGCCUGUGAUGCUAGAGAUCUAUAGACCCUCACCCAGUGAAUAAUGCUUUAAACCAUUUGAUGGGGAAACGAAUCCUGCCUACUUGUUUCUGUGGCUCUUGGGCUUUGUGGCUGUGACUGUUACUAUAAAGUAUUUUUUAAGGAUCAUAAAGAACAAGCUAAAUUCCUCUUGGUUGAGGAAAGCAAACCAUCCCAAACCUGCCAGGCACCCACUGCUGCCCUGAGAGAGUCAAAGGCAGCUUAAGGCAUCCCUUCCCCAUUCAUAUCAUACGUAAAAUAAAAACUAAGUUGAAUAAGAAACAUCCCUAGUGGAGAACUUGGUCCUUUUCCCUCUGCAAUUCCCCUCCUGGGAGGAGGCAAAGCCUGUUGCUGUUGAGCUACAUUCAGCAGUGAACCCAGAGGUAUUUUCAUUUGAUUGGAUUUGUAUUUUCAGGUUUGGAGACCUCGCAUUUCUCCCUCUUGCCUGCAGUUGAAAGCACUUAAAUGCUCCAGUGUCUCCCGGCAGGCGCAGGCACUACCUGGGCUUGAUUUAAAAACCAGAAUGGUUGUACCCAGUGCAUAUUACUGGCUGGCAUUUAAAGGUUUAGUUGGUUGCUGCUGCUUUUUAACGCAGGACCUUCUAGCUCUUGUGUUGCAGCUGUCUGAUGUAGUGUCUCUUCUACCCGCUGCGUCCCAGGGUGGAGGUUAAUGACUGCUGAGGGGGGAGAGAAAUGCUGAGGCGCUAUAGGCAGGAGAGAGAAGAUGAAUCUUAGCUGAAGCUGGAGGUGGGACAAAGGUUUCCGCUGCCUCUUUCACUCGGGAUCCAUCCACCUUGCUAGGGUGAUUUAUGGGUACCUCCUGCUCCAGCCCUCUGGGAGCUAGACCAGUGUCUGGAAAUCCCCUGUAUUUUGGUGCCUAGACUUCCAACUAAACACGAGCAGCCCCCAGGGGUGGGAUCAGCCACCCCUUCAUCCCCGGCAUGGAGUGGGGCCCAUGCUCAGGCAUCCGCAAGACAUUUCCUACAUCACCAGCAGAGGUGUGUGAACCCCAACAGUUGCUAGAGCAGCUCAGUCCAGGUCAGCUCUGUCCGCCUGGGUGGGAGGAUGAAGAGCACGUGUUUCUGGCCCCCUGGACCUUAUGAGUACCUGCAGUCUCUGCUCCUGUCAGGAGUAAGUGAAUGCACAGCCUCUUUCAGCUGGCAGAGCCUGGCCUGGCCCGAGCUGUCACCGGCACAGAUAGCUCCCUCCUUAGUGGACUCUCUGGAGCAGGGUGCGUCUCACUGCCUGGUGCAUCUGUUUUGGCUCUUGAUUGUCCUUGCACCACUAGCGCUUCAGGGAGGUGUUCUCACGGCUCCCCCAGGAGCCACAUCUUCAUCCUAGCCCCCAUUUCAGGGAACACCGGUCUGGCCAGUGCCUUCCAGGCUGGGAGUUGAGACCCCUGGAAAAAUCACCCUAGAAAUCAGAGAGAAGUAGAGCUGGAAGGGACCACAAAGCCCGGGCUGUUUCUAACGAAGUGCCCCAUACAGAUCCACUCUGUGGGACAGUCUUGGGGAUCUAGUGAAGUUGAGAGAGUUUCGUUCUUCACGGCCUGUCACUCUGCUGAGCCUGACGGAAGGUAUGUAGCUUCAAACGAGGGGAGGCUUCCACGUUGGCGCCCCGAUAGCAUUGCAGCUCCUCCCGUCUUGUUAAGCUAGAGCGUAGCAUUCUCCUCCUGAGUCAGCUGUGGGUUUAGCGACUGGUGCUAGGAUGGUUAAAUGCAAGCCCCGUUUUGCAGCCUGCAGGGUAGAACUAGGAGUCAUGGGAAGAAAUUCAGAGCAGCAGAGUUUAGGCUGACCCCUUCAUAGCAGACCCUGGAGGCAGUGCACAUCUGCAAGCCAGGUGCAUCGUGGACAGGUCUCUGCCUUGCUCACAGCCAGGAUGGAUUGGCUCAAGCCAGCAGGAGUGAGAACCAGUUACCAGCCCUGUACACUUGGGUUCCCCUCCCCCUCACUCCCCCAGGUGGGUGCUGGCCUCCCCAGGGAGGCAAAGUAGGUUGCAUGCCAUUGCCUCCGGAGCUUUCAGGCAAGGUCUCGUAAGCCAAAGAGGCUCUUGUGUCUGUUGUGGAUAAAACAAGUUCCACUGAGACGCUCAGGAGAAGAGCAGGGAUCAAUCCAGUUCUCUGAGCCAAGCUCCCCCCUCCCUGUCCAUCACACGGGCCAGCCUGGGGUGGUAGGGCUGGUAGGUGCUGCGCGUCCAUUCAGGGCAUGGGGACAGGAGGUCCCGUUCUCAAUGCAGACAUGUUGCUGUCCUGGGUGGGGGUCCCCGGCUACUGAGCUGUUUCAGGUCUCUGUUAUCAUGCUGCUCACCAUGCUUUAGAGCACCCUGGUUCUGUGGAUGGGCCGGGGCUGGGCUCGAGCCCUCAGGUUUGUCAGCGUAGAUAUUCAUGUUUCCAUCACGAGGGAAGAAAGGCUCUUUAAAUGAGCAGCCUGGCUUUGUUUGCAUUCCUAGCCAAGAUUCCUUGUUACAGCCCAUCCUUCCUCAAGGCCCGCGGGGCUCCUGGGUGCGUGGUCAGGCUCCCACAGCCAUCAUCUGUGCUUCGUGGCUUCACCAUGCCAUCACUGGCACAGGGCAGAGAGAACCUUCACGCCGGGCUGGGGUCUCCUUGCACUUGGUCCCUCCAUGGCAGACAGGGCAGAUAUCCAGUCAUCAGCUGGACAGAGUCCCCAGCUGGUUCCCCACACUGUAAUGACCAGCUGCUUACUCUGCGUGCAAGCCAGUCCUCCUAGGCCAGCCCCCCACCUGCAGCAUUGAUCCGAACCGUCAGUGCUGUGGCCAACACACCGGGGAUGGGGCAGGUCCCAGGAGCUUUCCAGCCACGCACGAGAGAUGAGGGUUGCUGAGCAUAAUCGUCUUCUCCCAGCACACCAGGAGCCCUCCGUGCAGAGCCUGCAUCUCCAGCCGUGCACAGUGCAAUCAAAAGCUAAAUUAUGGGCUCCGCACCCACGAAGCAGCCAGAUACAUUUCAAACCACAGUCCCCACAGACCCUGGGAUAUAUAUUUCAACCUAAAGUAUUUCCAUCUUGCCAGGUUAACGGCUACCCUGGGACAGGAAGGGACAUUCUGGAGCUCUCUGCUUUCCCUCUGCUUGUCAGCCCGGACGGAGGCCCAGCAGACCUGCUGUCCUGACGGCACAGCCACCGUCUAUAACCAGCCCUUGGCCUUGUCAGUGUGACGAGGGCAGACGGCAGAGCCCAGGCAUGUGGGGGGUUUUGACUGUUCAUUUGUUUCUAGCAAUUAACUAUAGAAUUUGGUAAGAAAGGUACUUGCCUGACUGUGAAAUGGGCUGAGACCUGCCAGCUCAUCUUCCCCAGCCUGGCAAGCAGCCCCGGGAGGUGACUGCAUCCAGGAGUUGCUGCUGACCCGAACUUGAUUUCAACAGUUGACCUGGUAAUGAGAUGCCGUCUCGUCAAAGCCAACUCAUCCCUACGUUCACUUUUCAAUUCAGCACAGUGGGGGGUUAAAAAUUAAAACCAAGUAUGUAGUUAGAUUGAGCAGGUUAAUAGACGCUGACUGAUAUGCUGUCCACUGCUGGGUUUGUCAUGCUGCAUCCUGCCACCAGUGAGACAAAGACUAUUUAUUUGUCCAUUCAAUAAGCCGUCUUUUAAAAAAAAAAAAAAUCUUGUUUAAAGCAGAAGUUCCCAGAGAGGGCCACAACUCAGAUCCUUUCUCUAUCGAGCCCGUAUGAGAGUUCAGCGGCGAGGAAAGGGAGCGGACGAAAAGUUACUGCCACUGCUUCUCGUGUUCACAUUUUGCAAACCGCGUUUGAUCUCCUCCGCGAGGAGCUGGUUCAUCUCCACAAAUUAUCACUUCUUUUAAUUGCUCUCCGCAGCAAACCCUCCCCGCAGCGGAGCACGCUGGCUGCCAGCGACGGCAUGAAUCCCAAGCAGCGAACGUCGCGUUUCGAAGCCCGUGCGCGUUUUGUUUCUUAAACAGCAAAUGUAAUUGACAAAUAAAAAGCCCAUUUGAAUGUAUAAAACGUUCAUUAUCUCCGCGGGGCGCCAGGCGGCAAAGCGCAAGGCGGAUUUUGUGUCUCUGCUGGCGGGAUCUCGGGAAUGGCUGCUGCUGGGGGGAGCGCGGUGCUCGCGUUCGGUCUCGUUGCCCGACGAGUGAUUCUUUUUCAUUGAUAAAAUCAAGUUACAAGCCUCAGCGCGGCACGACUCGCCUGCCCACCAGAUAUCCCAGCAUUGGCGUUUGGGGGAUGGCGCCCUGUGGUCAAGGGGCACAACAGGUCCAGGAGUUGUCUGCACAGCUGCAGUUCUGCCUUACCACCCACAGCAGCGGCCUGUGGCUGGUUGUCCUUCUGGGCCCGGGCAGUUUGGAUCAGGCGUUGCUUCCUCAGCUACCCCAGUGGAUCUCCAGCUGCUUUUCUUCCCUCUCCUCCCAUUUGCCGCAGUGUGAAUUUGACUUGUAGGUGCUAAUGCCAGUCCGGGACCCUGUGCCUGGGUCGGAGCUGCAAUGGCAGAGGCAGCUCAGCCCCUCAAAGAUGGAUAUAGAAGACUGUAAUGGACGUUCUUACAUAUCCGGUAGCGGGGAUUCCUCUCUGGAGAAGGAGUUCGGCUCAGCAAUUGUGGGACCCACGGUCAGCACCCCCAACAGCCAGCACUCGUCCCCCAGCCGUUCCCUGAGUGCAAACUCCAUCAAGGUGGAGAUGUACAGCGAUGAGGAGACCAGCCGGCUGCUGGUGCAGGAUGACCGGCUGCUGGACAAGGAGGACAGCGUUAUUGUGGAGGACUCGCUCUCAGAGCCCCUGGGCUACUGCGACGGCAGCGGGCAAGAGCCGCACUCCCCCGGCGGCAUCCGCCUACCCAACGGCAAGCUCAAGUGUGACAUCUGCGGCAUGGUGUGCAUCGGCCCCAACGUGCUCAUGGUGCACAAGCGCAGCCACACGGGCGAGAGACCGUUCCACUGCAACCAGUGCGGCGCCUCCUUCACGCAGAAGGGCAACCUGCUGCGCCACAUCAAACUCCACUCCGGCGAGAAGCCCUUCAAAUGCCCCUUCUGCAACUAUGCCUGCCGCCGGCGGGACGCGCUCACUGGCCACCUCCGCACGCACUCGGUCUCCUCCCCCACAGUCGGCAAGCCCUACAAGUGCAACUACUGCGGGCGCAGCUACAAGCAGCAGAGCACGCUGGAGGAGCACAAGGAGCGCUGCCACAACUACCUGCAGAGCCUCAGCGCGGAGCCACAGGCGCUGGCCAGCCAGCCAGGCGACGAUAUGCGGGACCUGGAGAUUGUGCCGGACUCCAUGCUGCACCCGUCGGCCGACCGGCCCGCAUUCAUCGACCGGCUGGCCAACAGCCUCACCAAGCGCAAACGCUCGACCCCGCAGAAGUUUGUGGGGGAGAAGCAGAUGCGCUUCAGCCUCUCGGACCUGCCCUUCGACGUGAAUGCCGCCUUCGAGAAAGACGUGGAGAUGGUGGCGGCCCACCACCCCCUGGACCCCAGCUAUGGCGGCUCGCUCUCCUUCGUGGGCAGUGAACACCUGCGCCCCCUCCGCCUGCCCCCCACAAACUGCAUCUCGGAGGUCACGCCUGUCAUCAGCUCCGUCUACACCCAGAUCCAGCCCCUGCCCGGGCGGCUGGAGAUCCCAGGGGGCCGCGAGGCCACCGAGGGCCACGAUGACCUGCCUGAUGGGGCGCCUGGCCUGUACCGGGGCCGUGACCUGGCUGCCUCACCCAGCAAUGGCUGCCAGGAUUCUACCGACACGGAGAGCAACCACGAGGAGCGGACAGGGCCACCACUGCCUGUGGGGCCCUGCGCCGGCAGCCGGCACAGCCCCGCCUACGCCAAAGAGGACCCCAAGGGGCCAGAGGGUGCCCCUGCCGCCCGGGGCACGCCCAGCUCAGCCAAAGACGUCCUGCGGGUGCUGAACGCGGACGGGGAGCAGGUGAAGGCCUUCAAGUGCGAGCACUGCCGCAUCCUCUUCCUGGACCACGUCAUGUUCACCAUCCACAUGGGCUGCCACGGCUUCAGAGACCCCUUCGAUCCAGAGCUGCCCCCAGGCCGCGAGAACCUCAUAUUAGGUGCUAAAGUAAAUAGACCCCCCCUCCUCCUCCCUAACCCCGCUAACAAAGGACAGGACGUCCCCGAGCCCCCAGCCCCAGCGGCAGCCUCCGUGCCCCCAGCACCCGGUGAGGUUUACAGCGCGUAG